UCACCAGGAAGAGGAGGGACACGGGGUUGGACUCCGUCGAGGCCGCCGGGGGUUGAAACGCAGCGGCGCGUUUUCGUCUUAGCUGCACUUUUUAAAGUUUGGCUACUAUUAGGACUUUGUGGACGGCUGAAGAAAAUGUCUAACUUGAACUGGAAGCCCUUUGUUUUUGGUGGUCUAGCUUCUGUGACGGCGGAAUGCGGGACGUUCCCGAUCGACCUAACCAAGACGCGCCUUCAGGUCCAGGGACAAGUAGGCGACAGUAAAUACCGAGAGAUCCGGUACAGAGGCAUGCUCCACGCCGUGGUCCGGAUAGUGAGAGAGGAAGGAGUGCGGGCUCUGUAUUCAGGAAUAGCUCCUGCCAUGUUGCGCCAGGCCUCCUACGGGACCAUAAAAAUUGGCACAUACCAGAGCUUUAAACGGCUGCUGGUUGAAAGACCCGAGGAUGAGACUUUGCUGACUAAUGUAGUGUGUGGUGUUUUCUCUGGAGUCAUCUCUUCCUCCAUCGCAAACCCCACUGAUGUGCUGAAGAUUCGCAUGCAAGCUCAGGGAAACGUGAUCCAGGGCAGCAUGAUGGGCAAUUUUAUCAACAUUUACCAGCAGGAGGGAACAAGAGGCCUGUGGAAGGGCGUCUCUCUAACAGCGCAGCGGGCGGCUAUUGUGGUCGGGGUCGAGCUACCGGUCUAUGACAUCACCAAGAAGCAUCUGAUCUUAUCGGGUUACAUGGGGGACACUGUGUAUACGCACUUCUUGUCCAGCUUUGUGUGUGGCUUGGCCGGUGCUUUGGCCUCCAACCCGGUGGAUGUAGUCCGAACACGCAUGAUGAACCAGAGGGGAGCAGCCCUGUACCAGGGAACACUGGACUGUUUACUGCAGACUUGGCGCUCCGAGGGCUUCAUGGCCCUCUACAAGGGCUUCUUUCCAAACUGGCUCCGCCUGGGACCAUGGAACAUUAUUUUCUUCCUCACCUAUGAACAGCUGAAGAAGCUCAAUGUGUGAUUGCCGGAGUGUAAUGAGUGAUGAAAAGCCACUGCAAGAUGAGCCUAGAGGACCAAAGAUAGGGAUGUGUGUGUUGGGAGGGAUCGAUGAGGGAACUACUGAAUGCUGCACAGGGCCGUAAUGUCUGUUUUGAUUUGAAUUCGCGGAUUCACUUUGCUUAAUUUAUUGCCUCAAUUUUAAACGGUGAGUCUUUUUAGACGGCUGCAGCUCCAGUCGCUUUCAUUUCAGUCACAUGCUGUUUUUAAAAGUGCAGCGGCCUGCUACAGCAGCGGUGGCCUCCGGUGUGAGAGCCUUUGUUUGUGUCACAGGCCGUCUUUGCCUAAGACUCAUGAUGACACUGAAUGUUGGAGAGCGGCUGACAAUCACAGCGACGGUUCCCUGCAGAAACAAUGAAACGUCUAUACGUGAGUCAGCCAACUUGGAAGGUGUUUUUCUAUAUCUCUAAACCCGGCUGUGGGUGUAUAGAAAGUUAAAUUUAUUCCUUAUUCAGCGAGUCUCCCUGGAGUAUUUACACAGUCAAGUGCCAAGAAUUCUUUACGAUGUACUGUAAUAAAUAACUGUUCUAUAAAGGGCCUCAUGGCCAGCGUGGCAGCUGCAGGUAGUAAUUAUAACCCGAGGCCGCUGGGUGUUGACCUGUGGCCCCUGGUUUCUGUGUCACUACAUAUGUUGACGUAAUAACAUUACAUACAGACACAUUAUGUAAGCCUGCUCUUCAUGUUGCACACUCCUAGUCCCUAAAACCACUGCACAUGGUCCAGAGCUAUUAUUUUUAUUUUGUAUUUAUGUGUUUAAUGCUCAUGCGCAUCUUUGUUGCAAUUAUUAGGUAUUUUGCUACUGUACUUGUUCAUUGUGAGCUGCCAGUUUCUUUUUCGUUGUUUUAUGUUGACGUGAAUGUUGCUGUAGGGUAGGAUGUUUGAAAUAAAAAGGUAAAAAGGAA